AGGCUGGGUUCCCAAGGACACCCUCCGAACCGGGCAGUGAGAGCAGCGAUGUGGGCCGCGCUGCCGCUGCUGUGCGCCGGGGCCUGGCUGCUGAGUGCUGGGGCCACCGCUGAGCUGACCGUGAACGCCAUAGAAAAGUUUCACUUUAAGUCAUGGAUGAAACAGCACCAGAAGACAUACAGCUCAGAGGAGUACAACCACAGACUGCGGAUGUUUGCCAACAACUGGAGGAAGAUUAAUGCCCACAACCAGAGGAACCACACAUAUAAAAUGGCGUUGAACCAGUUCUCAGACAUGAGCUUUGCUGAAAUAAAACACAAGUACCUCUGGUCAGAACCUCAGAACUGUUCGGCCACCAAAAGUAACUACCUUCGUGGUACUGGCCCCUACCCCUCCUCCAUGGACUGGCGGAAGAAAGGACAUUUUGUCUCGGCAGUGAAAAAUCAGGGGUCCUGUGGCAGCUGCUGGACUUUCUCCACCACGGGGGCCCUGGAGUCUGCUGUGGCUAUCGCCAGUGGGAAAAUGCUAUCUUUGGCUGAGCAGCAGCUGGUGGAUUGUGCCCAGAACUUCAACAACCAUGGCUGCCAAGGAGGUCUCCCCAGCCAGGCCUUCGAGUACAUCCUGUACAACAAGGGCAUCAUGGGAGAAGACUCCUACCCUUACAGAGGCAAGGAUGGUCACUGCAAAUUCAACCCCAAAAAAGCUAUUGCAUUCGUCAAGGACGUUGCCAACAUCACACUCAAUGAUGAGGAAGCCAUGGUGGAGGCUGUGGCACUGUACAACCCUGUGAGCUUUGCCUUUGAGGUGACUGAAGAUUUUAUGAUGUAUAAGAGUGGCGUCUACUCCAGCACUUCCUGUCAUAAAACCCCAGAUAAAGUAAACCACGCAGUCCUGGCUGUUGGCUAUGGUGAACAGAAUGGAUUACCCUACUGGAUUGUGAAAAACUCUUGGGGUGCCCACUGGGGGGACAAUGGGUACUUCCUCAUUGAGCGUGGGAAGAACAUGUGUGGCCUGGCUGCCUGUGCCUCCUACCCCAUCCCCCAGGUAUAAGCCAAAGCUGCACAGGCAACUGGUGGGCAGACAAAGUGAGGAACUGGUCCUUCAGUGAAAAUCCUGCCCUGAAGAAAACUGUGGGGAAGUCCGCCAAGAGGCCCUCUAAUUCCUGAACUGAGCCUAGGUGCCUAAAGACAGCGAGGAAGAAGAACCAGGCCAGCAACAAGCCCACCCAGGUGGCACCAUCACGAGCCAUGUGCCUUGAAUGUGGUUUUUAACUGACUCAAACCGACAUGGACCUAGAAUCUUCUCUUUCUAGCUCUCUUCCUGUAGAGAGAGCUCAAAUAACUGCCUUUUCUAUGUUGUAGAUUCAAUAAAUGCACAGUGAACACC